UCUCUCUCUCUCUCUCUCUCUCUCUCUCUUCUUUUCUUUGUUUUUAAAUUUCUCUUCUCUCUCUCUCUCUCUCUCUCUCUCUCUCUCUCAUGGUAUUGUUUUUGUGGAGUCUAUUUAUUCUAGCUGUUCCAUCUUUCCUACUACUUAGCAACCUUGUGAAACGCUCUUCGAUAUUCAGGAUUAGAACUACUCCAUUGGUGUCAAAACAGACAAAGAAAGUGAGAAGAAACUUUGAAGAAAUGGAAGGGAAAGUAGUAAUGAAAUCAAGAUUUAAGACGGUUUGUGUAUUUUGUGGAAGCAGUGCUGGGAAGAGAGAUUGUUACAGAGAUGCUGCCAUUGAAUUAGCACAAGAGCUGGUGUCAAAGAGGUUGAACCUUGUGUAUGGAGGAGGAAGUAUUGGGCUAAUGGGUUUGGUUUCUCAGGCUGUUCAUCGUGGUGGAGGGAAUGUUCUUGGGAUAAUCCCCAGAACUCUAAUGUCUAAAGAGAUAACAGGUGAAACAGUGGGGGAGGUGAGGCCAGUAGCCGACAUGCACCAAAGGAAGGCAGAAAUGGCCCGCCAUUCUGAUUGUUUUAUUGCUUUGCCAGGUGGGUAUGGAACUUUGGAAGAAUUAUUGGAAGUGAUAACCUGGGCUCAACUGGGUAUCCAUGACAAACCUGUGGGUUUGCUCAACGUUGAUGGUUACUAUAACUAUCUUCUCACUUUCAUUGACAAAGCUGUGGACGAUGGUUUCAUUAAGCCUUCUCAGCGUCAUAUCUUUGUCUCAGCUCCAAACGCCAAAGAACUUGUUCAAAAACUAGAGGAGUACGUGCCUGUGCAUGAUGGAGUUAUAGCCAAGGCGAGGUGGGAGGUUGAGCAACAACAGCAACAGGUGGGGUUCAAUGCUGCUACUUUGCAGACUGAAAUUGCACUAUAGGUGAGAGAGAUUCAGUGACAAAUAGUAGUAAUAGGGGGGGGUCGUGGGAAAGAAGAGGAGGGAAAAAGAGAAAAGGUAGGGAAAAAGGUGUUUUAGGCUUUUAGCUUUUUGAUAUGAUUUUGGGGUCAAGGCCAACCAUACCAUUAUGGUAUGGCAAGGAUUGAUUGAAUGGGAGAUAUAAGGAAAAACAUUGACAGGUGCUGCUGGGUCUUUUUGUGUACGUUUAUUGUCUACCAAGAAAAAAAAAAAAAAAAAAAGAGCCUGUCUUUUUUGAGUAUUGGGUUUGGAAAGGAAGUGAGGGGAGAUAUUUAAAAAAAGCAUUGUAUUUUGAUCCUCGAAUUAUGUACAACAAGAUUAUAUAGAAAAAACAAGAAGCAAGAUCCAAAAAAUAGCCAGGAAAAAAAGCAGCUUUAUUCUCUCUUUUAUCUCA